AACGUCAACAAGCCAGCGAACAUUAAACGGAGCGGACCAAAAUCCCAAACAAGGAAAUGGUGGGGGAAUAAACCGAGCGGAUUAUUUAAUUAAUGCAUGCGAUAAUUAAUAUUUUAUUUCAUUUUUUAAAUCUUAAAUGAAGACGCAUUCAUGGGUUAGAAUGGAUUACGAGUUCAAAACAAAGCUGGCCGCCGAGAGGGAGAGAGUGGAAGAUCUGUUCGAAUAUGAAGGUUGCAAAGUGGGUCGAGGCACUUACGGCCACGUUUUUAAAGCCAAGCGCAAAAACGGGAGAGACGAGAGGGACUAUGCACUGAAGCAGAUAGAAGGCACUGGAAUAUCAAUGUCUGCCUGCAGGGAAAUCGCACUGCUGCGAGAACUGAAACAUCCAAAUGUGAUCGCCCUGCAGAAAGUCUUCCUGUCCCACAGUGACAGAAAAGUCUGGCUCCUCUUUGAUUACGCUGAACACGACCUUUGGCAUAUCAUCAAGUUCCAUCGAGCCUCCAAAGCCAACAAGAAGCCUAUGCAGCUGCCCCGAGGGAUGGUCAAGUCUCUUUUGUAUCAGAUCCUGGAUGGGAUCCAUUACCUCCAUGCCAACUGGGUGCUCCACCGGGAUCUGAAACCAGCUAACAUUCUUGUGAUGGGAGAAGGACCCGAACGAGGAAGAGUUAAAAUUGCGGACAUGGGCUUCGCAAGACUCUUCAACUCUCCCCUCAAGCCACUGGCCGAUCUGGAUCCUGUGGUGGUGACCUUCUGGUACAGGGCCCCCGAGCUCCUGCUGGGGGCCCGGCAUUACACCAAAGCUAUUGAUAUCUGGGCCAUCGGCUGCAUCUUCGCUGAGCUGCUGACGUCAGAGCCAAUCUUCCACUGUCGCCAGGAAGACAUCAAGACCAGCAACCCCUUCCAUCACGAUCAGCUGGACAGGAUCUUCAGCGUCAUGGGCUUCCCUGCAGAUAAAGACUGGGAAGACAUUCGGAAGAUGCCAGAAUAUCCAACUCUGCAGAAAGACUUCAGGAGAACAACCUAUGCAAACAGCAGCUUGAUCAAAUACAUGGACAAACAUAAAGUCAAACCAGACAGCAAAGUCUUUAUGUUGCUGCAGAAACUACUCACCAUGGACCCCACUAAAAGACUCACGUCAGAACAAUCUCUGCAGGACCCUUACUUCCUGGAGGACCCCUUACCAACCACUGAUGUGUUUGCCGGGUGCCAGAUCCCAUACCCAAAGAGAGAGUUUCUCAAUGAAGACGAACCCGAGGAGAAAACCGAAAAGAACCAGACGCAGCAGCACCAGCAGACCGCAGGCCAGAACCAGAACCAGAACCAAAACCAGCAACAAGCGGCAGUCCAGCAGGCCACAUCUCAGCAGACCUCCACCCAGACCAAUGGCACCGCAGGAGCCAACACCGCUGGGGGGUUACAGCACGGACAAGACCAGGGGCCCCAGAAUAAAAAAGCUCGCAUCGGGCCCUCUGGUACCUCCUCAGGCACCGGGGUGCACCAGUCAGAGUACCAGCACUCCACUACCCGGCUGGGCUACCAAAGCAGUAUCCAAGGUUCCACUCAGCCUCAGAGCACCAUGGGAUACACGUCCUCCUCCCAGCAGAGCUCGCAGUAUUCUCACCAGACCCACCAUCGCUACUGACACUCCUGAACCAGCAGAGGGCGGCGGGGGCAAAGGUCCCGGAAGGUCCAAAGGCUUUUCUGUCCCGACCUUCUCGGACGCCAUCGUUGCAGCGCCGUGUGCUCAAAGGCGCCAAGAGAACGCAGAACGUUGAACGCAGGUUUUCAUGUGACGCCAUGGACACAACUUAUACAGUCCUGGUCAAAAGUGUACGUACACCUGUAAAGAAGAUGAUGUCAUGGCUGUCUUGACUUUCCAGUCGUUUCUUAUUUUUUUUGUGAUCUAGUGAUUGGAGCACAUACUUGUUGCUCACAAAAAACAUUCAUGAAUUUUGCUUCUUUUAUGAAUUUAUUAGGGCUUUACUGAAAAUGUGAGCAAUCACAAGUACAGUGGGGGCAAAAAAGUGUUUAGUCAGCCAGCGAUUGUGCAAGUUCUCCCACUUCAAAGGAUGAAAGAGGUCUGUAAUUUUCAUCAUAGGUACACUUCAACUGUGAGAGACAGAAUGUGAAGAAAAAAAUCCAGGGAUUCACAUUGUAGGAAUUUUAAAUAAUUUAUUUGUGGAAAAUAAGUAUUUGGUCACUUCAAACAAGGAAGAUCUCUGGCUCUCACAGACCUGUAACUUCUUCUUUAAGAAGCUCUUCUGUCCUCCACUCGUUACCUGUAUUAACGGCACCUGUUUGAACUCGUUAUCUGUAUAAAAGACACCUGUCCACAGCCUCCAACAGUCAGACUCCAAACUCCACUAUGGCCAAGAGCUGUCAAAGGACACCAGGAAAAGAAUUGUAGACCUGCACCAGACUGGGAAGAGGGAAUCUACAAUAGGCAAGCAGCUUGGUGUGAAAAAAAUCAACUGUGGGAGCAAUUAUCAGAAAACGGAAGACAUACAAGACCACUGAUAAUCUCCCUCGAUCUGGGGCUCCACGCAAGAUCUCAUCCCGUGGGGUCAAAUUGAUCAUGAGAACGGUGAGCAAAAAUCCCAGAACCACGCCGGCGGGACCUGGUGAAUGACCUGCAGAAAGCUGGGACCAAAGUAACAAAGGUUACCAUCAGUAACACACUACACCGACAACUGGAAUAAAAUCCUGCAGUGCCAGACGUGUCCCCCUGCUUAAGCCAGUGCAUGUCUGAAGUUUGCCAGAGAGCACAUGGAAGAAUGUCAUGUGGUCAGAUGAAAUCAAAAUAGAACUUUUUUUGGUAUAAACUCAACUCGUCGUGUUUGGAGGAAGAAGAAUACGGAGUUGCAUCCCAAGAACACCAUACCUACUGUGAAGCAUGGGGGUGGAAACAUCAUGCUUCUGGGCUGUUUUUCUGCUAAGGGGACAGGACGACUGAUCCGUGUUAAGGAAAGAAUGAACGGGGCCAUGUAUCGUGAGAUUUUGAGCCAAAACCUCCUUUGACUGGUUGACCAAAUACUUAUUUUCCACAAAUUAAUC